AUGAAACAAAAGGUUCUAAAUAGAACUUGGAACAUUUUUGAACGAGUUUUCAAUAAAAUGAAACCAUCAAAUAGAAUAAAAAUUUAUAUAAAAUUGAGAAAAAACAAAAGAAAAAUUGCUUAUUCCGUUUAGGGGUCUCAAGCGGGUCCGGGAUGCAUUUGCUGCACAGCUUGCGCCUUUAAUAACGUAAUGGCUUUUUUAAUUUUUCAUUUUAAAGUUAAUACUUGAGAUAUUAACAGUUUGAAUUUGCGAAUUGCUUCAAAAUUUCUAUAGCUUUGAAAUGGCAUUUCCUUAUUUAUAAAUUUCCAUCCGUUUCUUUCUUUUUUUCUCACUUUGUCGCUUGCCUCAUUAUUUUUGCACCUCAAUUUUUACACGCCUAAUUAUUUUUACGCGUUUUACAGUUCACGCUUCAGAAUCGUCGCAAAAUGAUUGAGAAUGCUGAAUGAAGAAGCUGCUUGCAGAUUUUGGUUAGUUAACCUGCAAGUUUUAUAAAAAGAUAAUGAAACGUGACGCUUCGCGUGUGUUUAUAAAAGGAGAUUUCCAGUCAUUGCGCGAUCUUUCUGCCGCCGUUCAGCUGUUCAGAAUGUCGUUGAACAUCGACCCGCCGAGCGCUUCCUUUCCCGCCACCGGCGGCAACGCUUCCCACAACAUCGUCUCACUUUCCGACGCACGCCUCGCUUUCAAGGUUUAUUUGUGUUUCAGUGUGGUUUCGUUUGAAAAAAAACGUCCUUUGGUUAUUUUUUUUUGUCAAAGCUCGUUAGGGAGAUAAGUUUUCAAUUGUCUUCUUGGUUUUUAAAGAUUGAAUUUGCCCUUUUCCAGGUGAAAUCGUCGAACAACGACCAUUACCGUGUGCGCCCUGUGUACGGUUUCGUUGAGGGCAAGGUGAGAUAAUGAAAAAUCCAAAAAAAAAAAGAAAUUUUUGCGUCAGAAAAGGCCCUAUGCCUCAAAAAACAUAAAUGUACUUUUGGAUUUUGAUUUUAUUUUUACAGCAAUCAACGAAACUAGAAAUAGUGCGACUAGAGGGACCGCCGAAAGAAGACAAGCUGGUGGUGCAGUGGGCCGAGGUUCCCCCAGAGGAGACGGACGCCACGGCGCCGUUCAAGGCUGGCGCUCAGGCCGGAGAGGUGAUCCUCGUCAUGAAGGCCGCUUAG